GAUUGGCAUAUAUUUUGGGCUAGUGUUCAAACUGUUAAACAAAUAUUUAAUCCAGAGAAUGGAAUGAGAUUGGGAGAGCAUCAAAUUAUUAAUCACUUUCCGAACCAUUACGAGCUCACAAGAAAAGAUUCAAUGGUAAAAAACCUUAAAAGAUAUAAAAAAGAGACCGAGAAAACUGAGGAAUUGAUACAUCUUUCGAAUCAACUCAGUAAUCCAAACUAUGUUGCACCUCCAAGAAGAAAUAUAAUGGACUAUGUGCCAAUUACGUACACAUUACCUGCAGAUUAUUCUCUAUUUGUGGAAGAAUUUAAAAAGAAUCCAAACCAAAUGUGGAUCAUGAAACCAUCAAGUAAGGCUCAAGGCAAAGGUAUUUUCAUCAUUACAAAACUGUCACAGGUUAAAAGAUGGGCCAAAGAUAAAUGGGCCUACAUGGCCGUGAAGGAACAAUAUGUUAUCAGCAAGUAUAUUAAUGCACCAUUACUGGUAGGAGGAAAGAAAUUUGACUUGAGAAUGUAUGUCUUAGUGACAUCAUAUAGACCUUUGAAGGCUUAUGUAUAUAAGGAAGGAUUUGCGAGAUUUUGUACAGCUAAAUAUACCAAUGAUAUUGAGGAUGUGGACAAUAUGUUUAUUCACUUGACUAAUGUUGCCAUUCAAAAGCAUGGUGACGAUUACAAUGACAAACAUGGUGGGAAGUGGAACAUAAAAAUGUUGAGACUCUACCUAGAGUCAACUGCAGGAAAAGAAAAGACUGAUAAAAUGUUUGAGGAAAUUUAUUACAUUUUCAAGGAAUCUCUGAAGGCAUGCAAGAAUAUCAUUAUCAAUGACAAGCACUGCUUUGAAAUGUAUGGUUACGAUCUAUUAUUGGAUAGUGAUCUGAAACCAUGGCUAUUGGAAGUGAAUGCUUCACCCUCAUUGACAACCACAACAGCAUCAGACAGAAUUUUAAAGAUGAGCUUGUUGAAUGACACUUUCAACAUUGUUGUGCAUGAAGGAUUCCCAGAUAAAAAGUUAUACAAAGACUACAAAUACGACAAGAAGCAACCUAAAUUGGGUAAUUAUGAAUUGUUAAUUGAUGAAUUAAAUGACCCAGAAGAGACUGAACAAAUUGACCCUGUAAAAAUGAAAGCUGGCUUUGCAAACAGAAGAGCUGCUGAGAGUGCUCUUAAACGAAAGGUUAACAGUGCAUCUUCCAAUAGCACGGGAGCUGGUUCUAGGGUAACAAAAUGGUAUUAA